ACUCGCUUCCUUCCAACGACCUCGUCUUACUAUGAUUCUUCUUGUGUAAAAUCAACCUUCACUCAUUUCUGUGGUAUUCAAUUUCGUCUCUUGUUUUGUGCUCCUGAGCCCCGCCUGCGCUGCGUAGGCUAUCUUCUCCCACUGUGUCUGACCCUCUCCCUGCUGACUAUUGACCUGAUCGAUCGAAUCCUCCAUCCCACCCUAAUUGACCUGCCUCAACUGCACCCAAUUGUCCACGCUCGCUUACACCCCCUCUCAUGAAAACCGUCCGUCCUUGACCCCUAGUUCGGCCCAAAGUCUCACCGUUGCGAAACUCGACUUGAUUUUUGGAUGUCUCUGUUGUAUGAAGCCUUCUUGAUGAAAAGACAAUGCGGCGCCCUUACAAGCAAGGCGAAGUGACAGGGCUUGAUUUGUAUGCCGAAAGGGACGCUAUACCAUUCUACUAUCGAGCAGUAACGCUUGCUGCCUCGUGGCUGGUACUUGGGGGCUAUGCCGUCUUUGCCAUAGCCUUUACAACUCAAGAUGAACAUCUGAAGCCCUCCAGGGUCGCAGUUGUUUCUCUGGCCGUUGUCAUGACCUUCUUGGGCUAUGUGAUAGGGGCCCUGGGGGCAUUCUUCAGUUCAAGUUUGCUCUUCACCCAGGAUGCUGUCCUCCUGCCCUUCUUCACCUCAUCAGCCGUGGGCCUCUUCAUUUCUGUCGCCAACCAUGCUUCUCAAAAAGAUCUCAAGAUCCCCUCAGAAGCAUAUGUCUUGGUCCCGCUCAUUGCGUCGGGUGUUGCUACAAUAAUCACCGGUCUAUUCACCUUUAUUGUGUCCCGCAAAAUCCGGGGGAUCAGGAAAUCGGACCAGAGACGAGGUCAACAUGUCCAAAGGUGGGAUCACUUCCAGUCAGUCAGUUAUGGAGAUGCAACUUCGACCAGUGAGCUGUUACCCAUGGACACUAUGCAACACACCGUCCCGGUGGACAGUUACGGGAUUCCUGAGGAUGAGGCUCAACGGCGCCAGUUGUUACGUUUAUUGUUGAAUCGCGAACCUGUUGACUCUCCACUCCAUUCCGGCACCCCCAGCACUUACCGCAUCAAUCUACCUGGCGAAGACAAUGAUCUUGCACAGCUGCUCCCCCAAUCGCGGACGCGCACAGGCAGUCUCCCAUCAAGUUCCAACAAGUCCACCGUCUUCACUAAUCUAAAGUUCUUACGCACUAAAAGUCCCCCCUUGGACAACUCGGUCAAUUCGCGAGAGAAGCGCCGCGAAGAGAUUGAGCGAUCUUCCAUAUCAUAUGCAACGCCUAGUCUAGGAAGUGGUGGGGAAUGGGCCCGGACUCCGGGCACCUCUCCGGGGUUGUGACCAUUUGCCUCACACCCUUGGACCUUGACACAUGACAUGACAUGUACGAGAAUGGGAUGGGAACAAUAUGAAUUCAGAAUAGCAAGGCGUUGCCGGUCGGAGGGUCGUGAUGAUGCACGUGAAUGUAUUCUAAUACUAGCCGGUCCAUCUAUGCAAAGGCCAAUGUUAUAUAAUAAUGGAAAAGAUAGCACAGGCCUCAGCCUGGUCGUAGUGGUCUCUGC